UGAACGCAUGUGAAGUCGAAGCGCAGCGGUUGACGCGACGUUUAACAUAAGAAUAAACAACAAAAGCCACAAACAAGUUGAUAAAAGUCUAAGGCCUGCCAAAAUAAAAAAAAAAGGGCGAGCACAAGAACGUGAAGACGCAUCUGCAGCCUGCACUUGUGUAUGUGACUGGCAACAACGGGUGGCUAAAAAGCUGAUAAAAGCGCUGCAAUAAAACAACAUUCAGGCUAACAAAGUGCGCAUCGAUAGCGAAAAACAAAAGGUUGAACAACAAAAGCUUAAAAAACAAGGUGAAAAAUAAAAGUGCAAGUGCAGCUGAUAAACAGGAAGCAGCUCAAAGCUCAGGCGAGACACACAAAUCGGCAAACAACACACAGAGAGGGAGAGAGAGAGAGAGCGAGACAAAAUGCUGACCCUUUGGACGUUGCUGUGCUGCAUGAUGGGCCUCACGUUGUGCUACCAGCGGCAAUCUGUGAACAAUAACAACAACAACAACAAUCACAACAAUGCGGACGAGAAGCAAACACAUUUGCCGCCCUCACAUUACCCGCAUGGCCACAAAUGGAAUGAGCCCUAUUUCGAUCUAACAAUGCCAAGGAACAUCACAUCGCUGGUGGGCAAAUCUGCAUACUUGGGCUGUCGCGUUAAGCAUCUGGGCAACAAGACGGUGGCCUGGAUACGACAUCGUGAUCUGCACAUACUCACCGUGGGCACCUAUACCUAUACAACGGAUCAGCGCUUUCAGACCUCCUAUCAUCGCGACAUUGAGGAGUGGACAUUGCAGAUUAAGUGGGCGCAGCAGCGCGACGCUGGCGUCUAUGAAUGUCAAAUAUCAACGCAGCCCGUGCGCAGCUAUUCGGUCAACUUGAAUAUCGUGGACCUAAUUGAUGAGGAGACCAGCAAUGUGAUGCAGCAAUAUUACAACGACGAUGCCUUUUACAUAGCUGCAGAUCGUGUCUAUCAGUCCAGCGAUGAUGAAUUUGCGGGCAUGUUUGGCCCCAUACAGAAAGUUGCGGUGCCCACUGCGACUAUAUUGGGCGGACCUGAUCUAUAUGUGGACAAAGGCAGCACCAUAAAUCUGACAUGCAUCAUCAAGUUUAGUCCCGAGCCGCCGACACAUAUCUUUUGGUAUCAUCAGGAUAAGGUGUUGAGCGAGGAGACUGCAGGCGGCCGCUUGAAAUUUAAGACCAUUAAAUCGGAGGAAACCAAAUCAAUUUUGCUUAUUUACGAUGCGGAUUUAUUGCACUCUGGCAAAUACUCGUGCUAUCCAUCGAACACCGAGAUCGCCAGCAUACGUGUCCACGUGCUGCAGGGCGAGCGACCCGAGGCCAUGCAAACGAAUGCGGCGCCGGCUGCUGUUGGCCUCGCCUGGGCCGGUCCCUGCCACACCAAACAGCCAGCGCAGGCAGUCAAAGUAAUUAGCACAAUGGUCGCGGCAUUUGUAUUGUUGCAAGCCUGCCGCACGCUGCUGCUGCAGGCAACAACAACAGCAACAGCAGCACAAGUGGAAGCAGCGCCACCAGAACCAGAGCAAACAGCCGAGACGCACAACAGCAGCAGCAGCGCCAGGACGCAAAGGACGUACACGUCAGCUGACCAUGUCAAUAGAAGUAGUGCAAUUGCACGGUGAUAAAUUAAAGCUGCGCACACACACAGACGAACAGUCGGACAGUCGGACAGCAUGCACGCCACCAACACAACACCCGCCAAUGCCAAUGCCAGCGCCAAAACGCACUAAGCGCUGGCCAGCUACGCAGCAAAACAAUCAAGUCGCUUGGCUGUCGCGCAAAUGAUGUUGCUGCCACACCAGAGACAAGCUAAACAGUUGGUCAGUCAGUUACAAACUUGGUUAGGCCAGCUGCACGGCCACUCAAAACGCCAACAACAGCAACAGCAACAGCAACAUGAUGAAGAAAAAAUGCUAAUGCUGCGCCUGCUCGGGUCUGUUCUGGCCUGGCCAAGUUGCAACUGUGUACAAAGUACGCUUGUCUAAAUUUCAAUUGCAGCUUUGGCAUAAUCUAAACGCAUGUGUAAUUAAGCUUUGUUGAAUUUCAUUUUACGUUAUUCAAUAUUCAUACGUAAGCAUAAGCGCCCAUCUGUAAAUAGUUAGUUUAACUGCCAAUUUAUAAUCAUACAUAUAUCUACUAUAUAUAAGCCACUUUGAGUCUUGUUCCUUCGGCCUGGCACAGUUCUAACUUAUGACAUGUGUCUGGUCUGUCUUUGGUUUAUACUUUUAUUUCUACAGUCGGCGGAAAGACACCAUUAAAUGCUUAUCGCUCGCUGUAGCUCUAGCUAAACAAACUUGUCGUGUCUUCAAGUGUCUCAUAAAGCAGCACAGGAUGUGUCUAUGUAUGUGUGUGUCAGUGCUGGGGGCAAAGUUUGCAGUGGCAGUGGCACGCCUCGCUGCAACUAUGUGCUGCAUGUCCGGCUAUAUAUCGCCAAGAAACCUGCAAGUCACAUUGCCACAACUUGGGUUGCUCCGCCUGUCAACAAAAUAUUUGCAUUUCUAUUUCCAUUUCCAUUUCUAUUUCUAUUUCUAUUUCCAUUUGCUGCCAGGCACUCGACUGGCCGAAAAACUUAACUUCUUUGGCCACUGGGUCGAUAACCCACUCGACUAUGUAUAUAUCCUAUAUAUAUAUAUGUGCUGUUGUAAAUGGGGUGUCCAGCGCUUAAUGUGUUACAUUUAAAAAUGCAGUGUGUCCACCUUAAUGGCCCUGGCGUCUAUUAAACGUUACGGGCGGGCCAUUAAACUGAUCAAAAUUGUAUAUAUGCGCUAUAAAUUAAUGCUGCUGUGUUUAACUAUAUUUAUACUAUACGAUAUAUAUACUAUAUAUAGCAACAACUUAUACGUGUACUAUGUGGUAGCUAUUUGUAGCAAGGCAAACGACGACGCUCGUUAAUAUUAAACUAGACAUAAUUUAUUUAACAUAUACGCCAGCGAAAUUAGUCGCGACAUUUAAAUGAAUGUUUAACGAGUAAAUGAAUGCAACAACUACAUAAAAACAAAAUACGCUAUAAAUUAUAAAUACAUGUAUGUAUAUACCAGUUAAGUUGCAUAAUGUAAUCAGCAUAACUAAACUAAAUGAAUGUAUGUUAAAGAGCAUAAAGUUAAUCUAAAUACAACUGAAAGCAAGUUGUUCUAGCAUUUAAGUGAGUAGCGCUAGCUGAGCGUUAAUAAGCAUUAGUUGUAAACAUAAAUAUUUGUGGACAAAACAAAACAAAACAAAG